GGAAUCUGGAAUGAAGUAAAGGAGUAGUAAAGCUUUUUGUUUUGUGGUAAUAUAGGUUAGAAGUUAGAAACUAUAGGUAUACAUCUCAAUGUUAAUUAAUAUAAAAACAUUUUUCGUGUUAGAAUGUCGUUAUCUAUUAUAUUUUAAUUUCGAUUGCUUUAUCUAUUGAUUAUUUAAACUCUGCAUCAUUUGUUUUCCUUCAUAAUAAGUGAUUUGGUGAUAGUGGGAAUCACGAAAAAAUGGAUAUUUCGAUGAAUUGUCCUUUAUGUCAUAUUGAAAGUGAUGAAAAUCAUUUAUUUUCGCGAAGACAUCGUUUUAAUUACUUGCUACAAAAAUGGAACUGUAUGAGGACAAGUUUAGUAAAAAAUCGUCAUGGUAUAGAUAUAUCCGUAACAUGUGAAGACAUUGCUCUAAAACAUAAUCAAAAACAUGGAAAACAUUACUACCAGAUUACUCCUAAGGCUUUAUUCGAACGUGGAAAUACCCUAGAAUUCAAAUGUACGAUUAGUAAUAGAACACAAAAUAAUAUGAUUUAUUUAACAAAUAACAAUAUUUUACAUAAUUACAGUAUGUUUUCCAUUAAAGAUAAAAUAUUAAACAAUGGUUCCGUGAUUCAAUUGAUGCCAAACUCUAAACAUAAUAUGAUAGUAAUUUUCGCCCAAGGAAAUACAAUUAUGUCCGGAAGAUAUAGUAUACCUGUGUGUUUCUCAUUUCAAACGUCUGAUAAACAUGUGUUCCAUAUAGCAAGAUCAAUUAAUAUAUCUGUCGAGGAAGAUUUAGACGAGAUACCUGAAAUAUAUAAAAGUCCUUUUACGGGAAACUCUUGGGAGCAUGGCGUAGGACUACACCCGCCCACUUGUUAUAUACCUUACUGCAAUAAUUAUACCAUACCUUUGGAAAAAAGAAAAAUAUUAUCAUACGGAUUAGAGGAACAUCCAUUAUUGUGUGGAGGCGAUAUAAAAAUAUUGGAAGAAACAUUGAAGCAGAUGUCGCCAGGACAUAUUACUAAAAAGAACUAUAAUCAUUUUUGGCACAAUGUUCUUUGGUUAGAAGAAAUUGGACAAACAAUAGGUCUUCAACGCUAUAAUAUGGAAGAGGUGGCUUUAAAUUUAUUAGAGGAUGAUAGAUUGGAACUGGUGGUGCCCGGUUUGGUAGAAAAGAGACCUUCUGUUAUUGUUGGAGAUUUUGUUGAUAUACGUAUACACAAUGAUCUACAUAGAGGCUAUCAAGGUAUUAUAAGAAAAGUAAACGAUAAGUCUGUGGAAAUUGACGACGUUAAUCGUGAAUUAAUUAUGAUAAUUGAGCAAAAUGGCCGUUUAUCAAAUGAUUUUGAUAUCAGAUUCGUCUUGAGCAGGUUGUCAUUUGAAAGGCAACAUUCGGGAGUGGAUCAAGUAACCAUUAAAAAAUUACUUCCAUAUAUUUUCCCUCCACCUAAUCCGGAAGUACGACGAAGAACUGCCUUACGAACAGUUGAAAACAAAGGAUUCUUCGAUCAAAGUAUAGUCAACAAUGAAGAACAAAAAACCGCAGUUCGUAAUAUUCUUAAUAGAACGUCUGGCCCAUAUCCUUACAUAAUAUUCGGUCCUCCGGGUACGGGAAAAACCGUAACAGUUGUUGAAGCCAUUUUGCAACUUAAAAAGAAAACCACACAUAGUAUUCUAGUUUGUGCUCCGUCUAAUGCUGCCUGUGACAUGCUGACUGAAAAAUUGAUUGUCCAUUGUAAACAAAACGAGUUACUUAGGAUAAUGUCUUCCUCCGUUGAUAUAUCUUCUGUUCAUGAAGUAGUGCUGCCAUAUUCUAAUUAUAAGACAGAUAAACAGUACCAAUCUGUCAAUUCAGCAUAUCUUCGAAAUUACAGAAUUAUAGUUACAACAUUAAUUCUUAUUGGAAAAUAUACUGGGUAUUAUCAUCCAGACAUAGUUUUUAUUGAUGAGGCGGCUCAAGCUUCUGAGCCCGAAGUAUGUAUUCCAUUGGGUAUGAUGGAAAGUGGAAGCCAGAUAGUCUUAGCCGGUGAUCCAAAACAAUUGGGACCACAGUUGGUUUCUAAAGUUUCCCAAAAAUAUGGGUUAGGUAUAUCGUUGUUAGAAAGAUUGAUGGAAACUGAUUUGUAUAAAAAUCGUAACCCGAACUUUAUAACAAUGUUGGUAAACAAUUUCAGGAACCACAGCUCAAUUUUGUAUUUGCCAAAUCGACAUUUUUAUUAUGGGCUUCUAAAGCCUCUUUCAAGUAGAGCUGAACACGAUCCGAUAUCGAAAAUAUUCGUUUUUAAAAAAAUAAAAGAAAUGGGCCAAAAAAAAUCCAAUAAAUCCAAUAAUAAAAUUGAUUUAGAAGGGAAAGCGGUGGAGUUUUGUAGUUUAAUAUCAAAAGAGUCUCGAGAAGGAAAGUCGCCGAGUUAUUUCAACGUAAUAGAGCUCCAAAUGGUGAUUAAAUACAUUAAAGCUCUAACAGCGUUGAAAUUUGAAGAAGAAUGUGACAAAGUUGCCCUAAAGGACAUCGGCGUAGUAACGCCCUAUAUUCGACAGGUCCACAAAUUGAAAGUAUUAUUGAAAGAAAACAAUCUAGAAGGGGUUGAAGUUGGAACGACAGAAACAUUCCAAGGUCGCGAAAAAAGAAUAAUAAUUAUAUCAACAGUUCGAGCCCAGAAGGAUUUGUUGUUGUAUGAUAAACGUUAUAAAUUAGGAUUCGUCAAAAAUAAGCAGAGAUUCAACGUUGCGAUAACAAGGGCGAUGAGCAAAUUAAUUGUAAUAGGUUGUGCUCAUGUAUUAGCUACAGACGCUCAUUGGCUUGAUUAUAUAGAAUAUUGUGAAAAUAUUGGUGGAUUCUGUGGAGCUCAAUUCGCGAAAAGAGACGAUGAUACAAUAAAUACUAUCACUAAGAUGAUGGAAAACAUCGAUUUGGAUAGCCAGUUUAAAAAAAAUACGGGCAAUUCUAAAACAUAAUUUUUUACUGUACAUCAACUGUUUUGACCCAAUUUUUUAUUAUGUAAAUCUACGGGGGUUUUCUGAAAGCUUACCGACCUAACAAAGAAACGAGAUAUUUUUUUUCUAUAAUCAUUUUUUAUUUUAAAACAUAAUGUACGUCUAAUUAAAAUGUCUUUUACACUGUGCGUUGUUCUUAUAGAAAAACUUUUUUUUUCUUCUUAAAAUGCAAUCGCGACGAAUAUAUUAGUGGCAGCUCGAUACUCAUUUUUUUUUUCAUUUUCAGAAAAAUUUUCACAAAAACUCAUUUAUACGAUUGUCAUAUAGAAACUAAGCGUUUAAUAUGAUUGAAAUUGUAUUGAGAAUAUCUCAACGCAUACGCAAAUAUAUUUCACAACUUAUAUUGAUAAAUUCAAUUUAAGGUCGGAAACUUUUCAAACAACCCUCGAACUUAUUUGUAAUUUUAUUUUUUAUCACUAUUUUCUAUAAGUUGAAUAAAAGUAUUUUGACUAUUUAA